AGCGUAUUACAGUAAUUAUAGCCUAAAACCCUCACCAAGAAAGCAUGACGCUAUCUGUACUAUUGUGAGCCAACCUAGCGCACCUGUGCGUUCCAUUUGGUGUUACGCACCCCAAGUGGCGUUACGUCGGCUAGGGUUAGUGAAAAAACGCAACACAUGGCUUACAGUAGAGUAGUACAAUAACAAAUCAAUAGACAUUUGUUAUUGAGAGAACUGGGAUAUGAGUGGUCGCGAGCGCAGUAGAAACCGAACCUGGUCGUUGGAUUCGGACCUAGACUCGCGUACGUCCCAGACAGUGGGCAGUUCGUCAGGGGGUCUUGAGGAGGACAAGGAGGUCGCCUCGCAAGCUGUACUGUUCUUCAUCAAUGGUUCGAGGAGAGGUGCAGUGCACCUGUGCUCGGGUAUAGCCGAGAUACUGCGCGAGAAUCAACGUCUGCACAGGACCGUAGAGGUCCAAAGGGCCCGAAUAGAGGAGCUGAUGUGCUCUCUGUCCACUGCUCCGGCUGCUCCCGUGGGUCCCUCAGAUUCCAACAGAUCCCAGACCAACUCCACCUCUCCCUUCUCCUGCCUCCCCUCCGUCUCUCUCGCCACCUCCUCCCCCUACCUCCACUCUCCCCCAGCCAGUGUCUCCCCCAGUGUGUCCUCCUUAUACAGUUCUGGGAGGGGCAGCCUGUGCUCUAACACCACACCCCCCUGCCUCCCCCCUCUAUCCUUUAGCACCACACCCCCUGCCUCCCUCCUCUGGUCCCCCUUCACAACCUCACCCCUCAGAGGAGACAGACAGCAGUUCUGCCCUGUGUGAAAGAGUGUGAGAAGGAGGACCCGGGAGAAAAGGAGAGGAGAGGAAAGGAAGGCAGGAGAGGAGAUGAGAGGGUGAAGAAGAGAGGGGGAGAAAGGAGACAAGAAGACAACAGUCUUACUCUACCCUCUGUAGAAGAAGCCCUGGGAUCACAACCCUUACCCAUCAUGCCUCACUCCUCCCAUAGUGACAGCAUUCCCAGAGAAAGAGGUGUAAAUCGUUUUACAUAAUGAAGCAGUGCUUUGAAUUGGAAGUCAGGAGGAGGGAGAAGGGCAACCUGUCGUCUGAGCAGGGUGGACAGACAUCGGACCGAAAACACACGCUGAAGGCUGGACCUCAUUAUCAUACUUCACAAUGGACACAUGAGGAUGUCACAGACUUUAUGAUGAGCUGUUUUUGUGGUAGUUUGUUUUUGGUCAUUGUUAUUGUUGUUGUUUGUGAGCAGAAAAGAGAGAAUGUCCUAAGGAGAAGUGCCUCAUGUGGACCUCUGAGGGGAGAGAUGGAGGAGACAAAAGAGGAGGAGAGGUGGUGUCUGGCCCCAGACUAUCCUGACUCCUCGUCCACAGUCCAAGCAGCAGGAGGGCUGGAACCCAGGGCAUUAACCACCGGGAAGAAGCACCGCCUGUGUGUGAAUGACCGUGUAGUGCUGGAGGGGAGGAGGAGAGGAGAGGAGAGGAGAAGAGGAGCUGUGAGGUUCAUCGGACCACUGGAAAACACUGAGUCUACAGACAUCUAUAUAGGAGUGGAAUUGGACACAGCCAGCGGAGAGAAUGAAGGCAGUCUCCAUGGUAACAGGUACUUCAGGUGUAAGCCCAACCAUGGAACAUUCACCACCAUCACGGGGAUCAGAAAGCUCUCUCGAUCAUCCCACUCCAAGCCUAGAAGCUCCAAACCUCCAGAGGAGGGUGACUCUAGUGACUCUGGGCCGGGGAGCUCUGCAGUGGCAAUAGGGAGGAGCAGCCAGAUCGUUGGGAGCAGGAACGGGCUCAGAAGGACCUGGAACCAGAUGGACAUUAGAGCUCAGGUCCAUUCAGAGCCAGGAGGACCCAGAGAUAAGACUACCGUGGAGAACCCUGGACUGAACUGACAUUACACCAUCACUUACCCCUGGACUGUCCUGACACUCCUCUCCUAAUCCCUCAAUCCACAGCCUUACAUUUCCCCCUUUCUCUCCUGACGAGUUUAUACUCACUAGACAACAUGCUGAAGAAGCCUUCUUCAAUCUUCCAGCAUGUAACUAUAGAGAGAGAGAGGACUUGUUUUAGUAUGGGCAGCACCAUUGAGGACUUCAACUGGGUGGCACCUCCUAUGGGUUAAGGAAGGAUCACAUAAUUCCAUCCAGGUCAUCAGGAGGGAUCAGCCAAUGAAUUUAACUAGUGAGGAAACAUUCCUUAACUCCAGUAAGUAACCAGUAAAUCUCCAACCUUGGCUUUUUACCUGUUCAAACAACACACUCUAGGUGGCAGUAUGCACCCUUUUUGCCAUCUCGUAGAUGAAAGUUGACUAGUUCAAAAUGGAGAUGCUCACAGAUGCCAUAAUGGAACAAUGCAAAGUUAUCCAAGUAUAUGGUUGUAACUGACCUCCCAGCCUUUUGACAAAUGGCAUCUGUCUGCCAUGCUUUCAUCAGGUGUAACUGACCAAUCCAAGUCUUGGAUCAGGAAAAACUUUUCUAGAUGAACGUGUGUUGUCUGUGGGAGACAUUAUGCACACAAACCAAAGGCAGCGACCUUGGUAGGGCAAUCUUUAUUGCAUAUGAAUGACAGGACCUGACAUUGCCUCCCAUUCAUUCUCGUAUCUGUAUGUAUCAGACAGUGGUGAAACCAGUUUACACGGUGUUCAACUGCUGUGGCUCCUGCUUUAUGGUCUGCUUAACGCUCCACAGUCUUCCAAUAUAAACACUUACAUUCGGUACACUACCAAUAUGCUGUAAUAACUCCUUAUGACACCUGUUAUGUCAGUGUUACGCAGGCCUUAUGACAGACUUCAAGUAAAGUGUUAGUGAACAGAAGAAAGCCUUCAUCAAACUGCGCUUUUCCUUCAUAUAUGUCACGAACAGUUUUAUACAACUUUAUAUAUAACACAUGGUUUCCAGACUACUAAUAAACAUUGCUGUGGUAAAACAGUUUGACGUUAUUGGAACUCCUGGCAUACAGAAGCAAUAUUCUUCUCACCACAGUGGCGUGUACACUUCAAAGGGCCACUAAAGAGUAGGCUAUACACUUCAGGGCCCUAGAGUGUUCCUGUUCGCACGGGUCUGCACUAUCUGUACCUGAGGUAGCUCAUACAGAUAGAUCUUAACUAAAAGCCACAUCUACAUAGCAGCAAAAUAAAAAAAUAAUUUCGUAGCACAGAUGAACAAGGAGACAUGAGGAACCAAGAGUUGGACUUGCUAAAGCUUUGCAUGUGCUCAACGUUUCACCUGUUAUUUCCCAUCUACAAUAUAAAACGUGAAGGUAAAAUAGACAAUAAAACAGAGUAAGGGAAGGGUACAAUUUCAAAGCAAAGUGGGAAAUAAGAGAAUUCUGUUUCUAGGCGUUUUGUCUUUUAUUCAUUUGAGAACAGGUGCAGACGGGGCACUGCCUAGUGAGAGUUCAGUACAUUGAGUGUUUGACCCCCUGUACAGACAGAUUGCAGAUAUGCCACUCCUACACAUGAAAUGUACAUUGAAUUUCCUCCAGAUUUGAGUAUUGAAACCUUAAUCUUUACAAUAAAGCUGAUCCUUAUAUGGUUUCAUUGUGUUCUGCUAAACAGACGUCAUUGCCUGAACAGGCCUAGCACUCAGCACAUUGUAGAGGGAUGGAUCCACGGAGGACCUAAACUGCCUAAAACCAACUUCUUUCACACAGCCAGAUUAUAUUAAUCCAGGAGUAGAUUUCAUUCUUGAUUCAAGAUCUAAAAACGUGACUUUAUGAACAUAUUAAAUAUGAGCUUCUGUCCGACAGUCUGGGACUGAAACGUAGCCUUAGUCCAGGACUAUUUCAAGAAGUCAUGUCCAUGAAACCAAAUCAUCUUGAUUAUAAGUGCAAUUUAGUCCAAGGUUUACUGUGAGUCUGGCAAACCAACUGAUCUAUUCUGGCCACAUCCGAAAUCGACCUCUAGCACCAACAUACUGGUGUAGAUCUGAACUGACUGCAGAGGUCUAAGCAAUAUGGAGAACAUUCCACUUGGCCUAUCCAGGCACAAGGUGGAGAUAGUUUAAUGCCUAUCCAAUCCCUUCAGAUCUACAGGAAGUGCCUUCUAUAGUAGAAGCUAGUGGACUAUUUAGGAAUGGACUUCUGAUAAAUAAUAAACAACUAAACGUGUUGCUUUUUGUUUACAGUUUACCUCUCCACCAAUAAGAGCCCAGUUCAACAUUAGCAAGGGGUGUGGCCUAGCCCCACUUAAGUCCCCAUGGCAACAGACACAGCAUGUCCAAUGGCAUGCACAAGGGGUAGAGAUUCUCUUCCUUCCUCUCUCUCUCUCUCUGUAAAGCAGGUAUACCUUCAGG